AUGGGUGUUGGCAACUUGAUGGCCCGGCUCAAGCCUGGUGCUGAGUCCCAGUUCUCCUCCCAGGCCCCCACUCCUGCUCGUGCAGACUCGACCGUGGAGAAGGAUGAGGGCAUCAUCGAUGACAGCCCCGUCAAGUAUUUGACUUGGCGGUCUUUCAUCCUCGGCCUGUGUGUCUCCAUGGGUGGCUUCAUCUUCGGUUACUCGACUGGUCAAAUCUCGGGUUUCACUACUAUGGAGGACUUCAAGAUGCGGUUCGCUGAGUACAACGAGAGCACCGGAGAGUAUGCUUUCAGCAACGUUCGCAAUGGUCUCAUCGUCGGUCUGCUGUCUAUCGGAACCAUGAUUGGCGCCCUUGUGGCUGCCCCCAUUGCUGACCGCAUUGGCCGCAAGUUCUCCAUCUCCUUCUGGGCUCUGCUUCACAUUGUCGGCAUUAUCGUGCAGAUUGCCGCCACCGACAAGUGGUACCAGGUUGCCAUGGGCCGUUGGGUCGCUGGUCUGGGUGUCGGUGCUCUCUCCAGCGUCGUUCCCAUUUACCAGUCCGAAUCCGCUCCUCGCCAGGUCCGUGGUGCCAUGGUCAGCGCCUUCCAGCUGUUCGUCGCUUUUGGUAUUUUCAUCUCCUAUGUCAUCAACUUCGGUACUGAGCGCAUUCACUCCACUGCUUCGUGGCGCAUCACCAUGGGCAUUGGUUUCGCCUGGCCUCUUAUCCUCGGUGUCGGUACUCUGUUCCUUCCCGAGUCCCCCCGUUUCGCCUACAGCCACGGCCGUGUUGAGGAAGCCCGCGAAGUCAUGUCUAAGCUAUAUGGUGUGCCCUCAAACCACCGCGUUGUUAUUCAGGAGAUGACCGACAUGAAGAACAAGCUCGAGGAGGAGAAGGCAGCUGGCAAGGCUCCCUGGCACGAGGUUCUUACUGGCCCUCGCAUGUUCUACCGUACUAUGCUUGGUAUUACUCUGCAGUCCCUGCAGCAGCUGACCGGUGCCAACUUCAUCUUUUACUACGGUACCUCCAUCUUUGAGGGCGUCGGUAUCAGCAACUCCUACGUCACCCAGAUCAUCCUGGGUGCCGUUAACUUCGGUAUGACCUUGCCCGGCUUGUACAUCGUUGAGCACUACGGCCGCCGUAAGUGUCUGAUGGUCGGCGCCGCCUGGAUGUUUGUCUGCUUCUUGAUCUGGGCCUCUGUUGGCCACGAAGUCCUCCACUCCAACCCCUCCUCCCACCCUGCCGGUGUUGCCAUGAUCGUCUUCACUUGCUUCUUCAUCGUUGGCUUCGCCACCACUUGGGGUCCCAUUGUCUGGGCCGUCUGCGGCGAGAUGUACCCCUUCCGUUACCGUGCCACCUGCACCGGUAUUGCUACCGCUGCCAACUGGACCUGGAACUUCCUCAUCUCCUUCUUCACCCCCUUCAUCAACAGCGCGAUUGACUUCCGUUACGGCUACGUCUUUGCCGCCUGCUGCUUCGCUGCCAUCUUCAUCGUCUUCUUCUUUGUCUGUGAGACCCAGGGUCGCACCCUCGAGGAGGUUGACACCAUGUACGUUCUCCACGUCAAGCCAUGGCAGUCGGCUUCUUGGGAGGCUCCCGAUGGCAUCGUUGCCGACUUGCACGGCCCCACUGAGCCCAAGGAGGGCAACGGCGAGCACCAGCACCACGAGCCUACUGAGAUCCAGGAGGAGCAGUAG